UGAAGACGAUUAGAAGCAUGCUUUCACUGCGCUGCCCGGCACCAUUUGUCACGCAGAAUGUCUCUGAGUGAGAGCCCGGUGUUUGCCUAUGAGUCUUCGCUGCACAGCGCCAACGUGCUGCUCAGCCUCAACGACCAGCGGAAGAAGGACGUGCUGUGUGACGUCACCGUGCUCGUGCAGGGCCAGCCGUUCCGCGCGCACCGGUCCGUGCUGGCGGCAUGCAGCAGCUACUUCCACUCGAGAAUCGUAGGCCAGGCCGACGCAGAGCUGCACGUUACUCUACCAGAAGAGGUGACAGUUAAAGGAUUUGAGCCUUUAAUUCAGUUUGCCUACACUGCUAAACUCUUUUUAAGUAAGGACAAUGUGGAUGAAGUGUGCAAGUGUGUGGAGUUUUUAGGUGUACACGAUAUUGAGGAAUCCUGCUUUCAGUUUCUCAAAUUUAAAUUUUUGGACUCCACUGCAGACGAGCAAGAAUGCUCAAGAAAAAAGUGCUUCCCAUCACACUGUCAGAAAACAGACCUUAAAUUUUCCCUUUUGGACCGGAGGGAUUUAGAAAUUGAUGAAGUGGAGGAAUUUUUGGAAAAUAAAAAUGUUCAGACUCCUCAGUGUAAACUCCGCAGGUAUCAAGGAAAUGCAAAAACAUCACCUCCUCUCCAGGACAGUGCCAGCCAAACAUGUGAGUCCAUGUGCUUAGAAAAGGAUGCUGCUCUGGCUCUGCCAUCUUUAUGCCCCAAAUACAGAAAAUUCCAGAAGGCAUUUGGAACUGACAGAGUCCGCACUGUGGAAACUGGUGUCAAAGAGGUUCACACUUCUUCUGUUCAUCCGAAUGAGACAUCUGAACAUGAAUGUCUGGGAGGAAUCCAGGACUGUGCAGAUUUGCAGGUGAUUUUAAAAUGUGAAGAAAGUAAGUUAACAUUGGAACAUGAAGAAGCCAAGAAAAAUCCUGCUUCUCAUUGCCCAUCCGAAAAAACAGACGUGACUCCUUUCACCCACAAUUCUUCUGCAGACCCUCAUGGACUCUACUCUCUGUCUCUUCUACACACAUAUGACCAAUAUGGUGACUUGAAUUUUACUGGUAUGCAAAACACAACAGUGUUAACAGAAAAGCCUUUGUCAGGUCCAGAUAUUGGAGAAGAGAAAACCUUUGGUGAAAGUCAAGAUUUACAUUUGAAAUCCGACUCUGGCCCCAGGGAAGACAGUAGUCUUGCCUCUAGCGAUCGGAGUAGUGUGGAACGAGAAGUGGCAGAACACCUCGCAAAAGGCUUCUGGAGUGACAUUUGCAGCACCGACUCUCCUUGCCAAAUGCAGUUAUCACCUGCCGUGGCCAAAGAUGGUUCAGAACCAAUCUACUCCCAGAAACGGUCUGAGUGUCCCUGGUUAGGUAUCAGGAUUAGCGAGAGCCCAGAACCAGGCCAGAGGACUUUUGCAACGUUAAGCUCUGUCAACUGCCCUUUUAUAAGUACUCUGAGUACUGAAGGCUGUUCAAGCAACUUGGAGACUGGAAGUGAUGAUUAUGUUUCAGAACCACAGCAGGAACCUUGUCCAUAUGCUUGUGUGAUUAGCUUGGGUGACGACUCGGAGACAGAUACUGAAGGCGACAGUGAACCGUGUUCAGCCAGAGAACAAGAAUGUGAGGUAAAACUGCCAUUUAAUGCACAACGAAUUAUUUCACUCUCUCGAAAUGAUUUUCAAUCCUUGUUGAAAAUGCACAAGCUAACUCCAGAACAACUGGAUUGUAUCCAUGAUAUUCGAAGAAGAAGUAAAAACAGAAUUGCUGCACAGCGCUGUCGCAAGAGAAAGCUUGACUGUAUACAGAAUCUUGAAUCAGAAAUUGAGAAGCUGCAAAAUGAAAAGGAAAGCUUGCUGAAGGAAAGAGAUCACAUUUUGUCAACUCUGGGUGAGACAAAGCAGAACCUCACUGGACUUUGUCAGCAAGUCUGUAAAGAAGCAGCUCUAAGUCAAGAGCAAAUACAGAUACUCGCCAAGUACUCAGCAUCAGAUUGCCCACUUUCAUUUUUAAUUUCUGAAAAAGAAAAAAGUACUUCCGAUGGUCCGCCUGUGUUGCCAUCGAUUCUGAGUUUACCUGAGGGGCUUCCGGCGGUGAGGCCUGCCCGUGAGCAAAGCCCAUGUUAUCCCAGUGUGAAGAGCCAUGAGUCUGGCUGUUCGCGGGGUCAAGGGUCAAGGCCACCUUCCACUGCAGCCUCUGAGCCAGCAGGGCUUGUGGAACAGUGUCGGCAGAGCGCAGGCAUCUCAGAUUUCUGUCAGCAGAUGACAGAUAAAUGUACUACUGACGAGUAAACGUAUUCGCUUCCUGGAAACCAUCUGAUUUCCUACUGAAGUUUUGACACCUGUCUCGAAAGCCUAACGUAGCCAUCUGUCUCUUAACAAUAUGGGUUUUUUCCCCCCGAGUAGUUUGCCGUUAAGGGAAUUCCUGUGAAGUCAACCCUGACUUUUCUUCCUGACUCCUCAAGAGAUGCAGAAAUGAUUUGGCUCCUGGAUACCGGAAAAAGCCCACGUGAAAAUGUAGUAAAGCUUUAAAAACUCAUGUUUUAAAGAAUAAUAACUAUUAGUAAUAACUCUUCCCCUUAUUCCAAGUAAGUAUGAGAAGGAAAACUUCAGCCUAUCAAACAACAGUUGAACAGCUUAAAACAUCUGCAGAUAUAGUUCGUACUAAAGAAGUAGCCAGCAAAAGUUUAACAGUCUGACCUUUUGCAAUAUAUUGGGUUAAAAGAAAAUUUCUCCCCGAGUAAGCUGAUAGAGUUCAGAUCUGCUCAGAAGUAGGAUAUCAACUACUGGGAAUAUUUAUCUAGGACUGCGGUGUGAAAAAGAAAGGAAUCGUCUUGCCUGCAUCCUGGAGCUCCACUCCCCAGCUCUUACUGAAACCAGGGACUGGUUGGCCUACACUGUGACUCCUUAAGCCACGUUGGGAAUAUGUAGGAAACAGACAGGCAGUUGGCCUAAGGUAGAGGUUUCUGCUCCUUCUCAUUGUUGACUUUAGAAAUUCUGGCUGAAUAAACAACAAGUAAGUAUCAUUUUCCAUCUUUUUUUCUCUUCAGUCUCUACCACAUCUGAGUCCAUGCUCAUCUUUCUGUUUCCUGACAGUCUUGUCCCUUUGGAAGAAGAACUGGGACUCGGGAUACAGUGGCAUGAGUGAGCGCGUUGGCAGGGUCGUCCUAGCCUCCCUAGAAUCCUGGGGCUUACCAAAACCCAAGGCAGGGUGCUCUCCGAUCACAGCUCAUCGGUGCAAGAAAACCGGGUGUCAUGGGGAGAGAAAACUGCCUGCGUGUAGUAGGAGAGGCAGUUACUUCUCAUCCUGUUUUUGAAAUCCUAUGGUUUCCUUGUAAAAAGCAUUAUGAUAGACAAAAAUGUAUCUACAGCAAACAUGCAGGUUUGAAUUUGGAAACCAGAUUUAAUCUUGUUCUCUGUCCCAAAUCUGAUAUGUGAGGACACACAAAUCAUGUAGACCUGGGCAUUUAAAAAAUGAGUCUUUGUGUUUAUUCAAUUCUGUUUUAAAAUACAGUUUUUAUAAUCUGAGCACUUACCCCAUAAAAUUUUGUAGUGGUUCUUAGCCCGUCCCGUGUUACAGACUUGUUGGAAAGUUGUUGAGCUUCUAAACAAUUACAAAAAAUUGCAUACAUUCGCAUUCACAGGAACAUUUGCAGAACCCAGUUUUAAUAGUUACAAAGAAGUAAUUUGUGGUGUUUGGAUUAGAAAGUACUUCAUUUCACCAAGAUCAGACUCCUGAGAAACUUUUGUAGAUCACAUCCUGAAUCUAGCGAUGGGCCUGUGUAGCUAAUAUGGGAGACGACUGUCCAUCGAGUAGGAACGUGUCUGAAGCAAGUAGGCCUUUGCCGUGAGAGUAUAGGGGACCACACUCAAUUUUUCAGAGUAAGUCGUCAAUUGUUAGUUACCCUUUUUGAUAGGGGUUGGGUUGGGGGGAGAUAGUCCUAGUAUAUUUUCAGUGGUUUGUAUUUAUCUCUGUUACUAACUUAGUUGUUAUAAGAGAAAACUAGUUGGGCUUGUUAAUUUUCUAAAGGCUUUUAUAAAUACACUCAGUAAUUUAUCAGGGAGAAUGAUAUUCUAUGAUAAUGCAUCCCAUACUAUAAAAAAAUUGUGCGCGCGUGUGUGUGUGUUUAUACACACACAUAUAAUCCCCAUGUAACUAUUUCUUUGAUACUUGUGAUUUUAAAUUUUAACUUCAAAACACAAAAUAAUAUAAAAACUUUCCUGGUUUACAAAAUGUAAAAUCUUAUACAGGCCAAUGGAAUCCUGAUUUCCUACCUCAGUGUACACUCAACUGUUUGUCAUACCAGUUUGUGUAUGUGCAAAUGUCACACGAUCUUUUGCUUUAAUUGCUACUGUAAAUAACUACUUUGAAAGCUUACUUCCUAUUUUAUGGUAAAACCUAGUUGUCUCCAGAGUUUAAAUAUGAUUUUUAAGACAUUUCUCUCUACAUAAGAAUCGUUUAGCAUUAAGGGUUUAUUUUAAUGGUAUUCUCUGAUUAUUGGCUAAGUGUAAUAUUUUGUAUAAUAAUAGCCAGCGUAUAAUACAAGUAACUACACUACCUCAUACUUCCAUGAUUUUCAAGUUGUAAUAAAGAGGGACAUAAAGAUAAAACAGGUUUUAUCUUUUGGCGAUAAGGUGGGAAAAUUUUCUGUAUGUUGCAUAGUAUUACACAUUUAUGCUUAUUUUAAAGUUCUAAAGAAGUUUUUUCUAAGAAAAUUUGUUUUAAGUUGAUUUUUUUUUUUGAGGGUGCCAGAGACAAAUGACAGGAUUAUGUGUAUACAGUGUAUAUCUUUUCCUUCAUGCAGAAUUUUGGAAAGGUUGUUUUCAGUUUGUAUGUUGCAUAUUUACAUAAUUGUUGUUCCUUAUUUUAUGAAUUGGCCUUCUCAAUGCCUAAUGACUUAAAAAGCUGUUAUGUCUAACUCAGUAAAAUAACAUUACUUAAAAUUUUUUUUCAUUAUUUGAGCUCUACACCUAUAGCAAAUAAUUUGUUGUUAAAUUGUUAUAUUCAGAGCAAAUAUGGAUAUAAAUCUUGGUUCCAUUUGUAAACUUUAUAACAUAAUUUACUGUAGCUUACUGCUUAACCAGUUUUAAAUAAGGAAUUAAAUACAUCUGAUGCAGUAGACGAUACAGGUUGCAUGUGGACACUCAGCCACGUUAACAACUUGGAAAAAAAAAUCAAACCAAUGGCAAUGUUAUAGUAAUUUCUCAGGUGAAAUUUUUUCAGUUAUAAAACAUCUAUUUUGAAUAUGUAAAUAUUUUAAGUGUUUUAUUAAGGCAUGUAAUAAACUGUUCUUUGAAACCUGUUGGGUAAAAUGAAAAUUUAAAGCCAUAACGGCAUACUAAUUGUAAAUAAACAUCUAUUGAUUUUUUUUUGUAUCUUUCUUAAUGUAAUUUUCUAACAAUGCAAUAAAACCACUAAAUUUAUAUAUCCAUAUCCCAUCAAGAUCAUGUUUCAUUAAAAGUAAACUUUCAUCAUAUUUAAUUUACAUUUUCUUCUUAAUGUGCUUAUCCAAAUGUAGCAAAACUAUAAAUGUUAGAUGUUGAUGACAAAUUAACAGUUAAAUAAAAUUCCCUAAAAUUGCUUCUAAUUGAAUAGAGUUGUACAUUCCGUUUCUAUUUUCUCACCUCUCCUGUGAAUUUACUAAUCUUAGUCUUUUGAUCAGUAAUCAUUAUGACUAUGGCGUUUUUUUCCGAGGGACUCUUUCAUUAUGUGAUGAUCCUAUAUGCCUGAACAAUAUAUAUAUUAUCAGUACUCGGGUGUUU